GCAGGCAGACGGGAGGAGCUCGGAAAAGGCAGCGGGGAGCAACUGGUGCCGGAGUGAGCGGAACCUGCCCCCUGGUUAUCCCAGUGAGAGCCCCAGUCCCCAGGACACUCAGUCGUCCUGCUCCUGGAUUCCAGAACCCCGCACUCCCAGCAUGGAAUACAACACCACCAAACCACAGCUUUCAUCCCGGGCUAACGCCUUCUCCAUCGCGGCGCUCAUGUCAACUGGAAACUCCAAAGACAAGGGACUUCAGGAGAACACCAUCAAACCCCUGGAACAGUUUGUGGAGAAGUCCUCCUGUUCUCAGCCGCUGGGUGAUCUGGGCGGCCUGGAGCUUGGAGAUUACAGCAGCGGUGCAUCUCCGGCGUGUACCGAACCCCUGAUACCCACCACCCCCGGCGUCCCCAGCGCCGAAAUGGCCAAGAUCACCUGUAACCUGGAAACCAAAGAUCUGUGGGACAAGUUCCACGAGCUGGGCACCGAGAUGAUCAUCACAAAAUCCGGCAGGAGAAUGUUCCCAACUAUUCGUGUCUCGCUGUCUGGAGUGGAUUCCGAGGCCAAGUAUAUCGUGUUGAUGGACAUCGUGGCGGUGGACAAUAAGCGUUAUCGCUACGCCUAUCAUCGAUCCUCUUGGCUGGUGGCGGGCAAAGCCGACCCGCCGCUCCCAGCAAGGCUGUAUGUACACCCUGACUGUCCGUUCACGGGGGAGCAGCUAGCGAAACAGAUGGUCUCCUUCGAGAAGGUGAAACUCACCAACAACGAGUUGGAUCAACACGGCCACAUAAUUCUGAACUCCAUGCAUAAGUACCAGCCCCGGGUUCACAUUAUCAGGAAGAAAGACCACACCGCUUCUCUGGUCAACCUCAAAUCUGAGGAAUUCCGCACCUUCAUCUUCCCGGAGACUGUUUUCACUGCAGUGACCGCCUACCAGAAUCAACUGAUCACCAAACUAAAAAUCGAUAGUAAUCCUUUCGCCAAAGGAUUCCGAGACUCGUCCCGACUCACCGAUAUGGAGAGGUACUGUCUCCCGCAGGAAAGUGUGGAGAAUCUUAUCCAGAAGCACACUUACGCACGGUCACCGAUCCGGACCUACGGGGGAGAUGAUGAGGCCCUCAGCGAAGAAAGUCAAACAACACAGACCAGAGGUUCCGCCUUCACUGCCUCAGAUAACUUGUCCCUCAGCACCUGGGUUGCCUCUUCCUGCAGUUUCCCGGGGUUUCAACAUCCACAGUCGCUGGCAAUCGCCACCACCACCGCUUCGCUCGCUGCCCCCGUCCCUCACCCCAUCCAGGGUUCUCUGCCACAGUACAGCCGCCUCGGGAUGCCCCUGACACCGUCGGCCAUCGCCAGUUCCAUGCAAGGCAGCGGACCCACCUUCCCCACCUUCCACAUGCCCCGCUACCACCACUACUUUCAGCAAGGUCCCUACGCCGCUAUCCAAGGCCUGCGGCACUCGUCGGCUGUGAUGACACACUUUGUGUGAUUGACAUCGGGGCUGCAUUUCACCCAGGGACCUUGACGCUUGUGAAAGCCGCUCAGAGAAUCGGGGUCAUGCUCCACACCAACAGCUGAGCGGCGCAGCAAGCAGCAGCUCCUGCAUGGACAAGAGCAGAAACUACAACCCCCAGAAUGCACCACAGGUUUGCCUCAGCUGAACCACAACUCCCAGAACGCACCGUCGACAGUCAGGUUGCAGCGAAGGCAGCUAAAGCGCCCUCAUGUGCCGGGAGUGCUGGCACUGCAGUGAGCUGCCAGUCGGACUGGGUUACUGGACUGUCUGGGAAAUAGGCAGCGGCUGAGCCAGGCACCUGAAGGACUGUUUUGCACCAGCGACACUGGCCGACCCGUACUGUCAGAGGGUGCACUGCAGCAGACAUACUGAGGACUCUCAGCGGGUCUGGACCUGCAGUCACAUCUCGGAUACAAAUCGCUUGUGAAUUCGACCGUUUGUACAAAUAUGUGUGUGCGUGAAAUAGUGUGCGAGUGUGCAUAUGUGUACCACUGUGUGUGUGUGUGUGUAUCAGUGUGUGAGUGUGCAUGUGCCUGUGUGCUGAUGUUUAUAUGUCUGUGUUAGUCGCUGUGUGCAUGCUUGUGACCACGUGCAAGUGUGCUCACACGACAGGGACAGACACGACGCCACAGGAUCUGUGUCCAGUGCUACCUGUCACGGAGCGAAUGGAAUUGUCUGGAGACAGGUUUCUGUGCCAGAGGGAUCUCAGAUCGAGCACCCUGAACGUGGUUAUAUAUAGGUCAGUCUUGUCCCCAGCCCUCUCAGGCUGCUCCACCCUCACUGAGGGUAGGGGUCGACCCUGGAGCCCCCUCCACCCGUUACCCCCAUCCACAACCAGAUGAGGCAGACUGCAGAGCUUGCAUCCGAUCCCCCGUGAGGUCACUGAGCUCUAUCACCCGCUGCUGGUGAUGUUGAGCAGCGUGGGGUCCAACUGCAGCUUCACUGGGCGGGGACCUCAUCAGCUUCAGGUGGACAGACCUGAGGCUGCUCCCUACCUGCCCUCCUGCACAGCCCAUUGACCCGAGUCUGACAGUGACGGUGGGCGAGGGUGGUGUGUCGGCCGCGAGGUUACCGACUGGGGCGGCGAACACUUCUGAAGGUCCGAAGCGUCUCAUAGUCACUGUGUGCGCGCGUGAGUGCGCGUGUGAGUGCGCGUGUGUGUGCGCGUGUGUGUGUGCGUGUGUGUAAGCGGGUUAUUUGGUUGUGUGUCUCCCAGUAGCAGGUAAAAUAACUCACCAUAUCUUUACAAGUGUCCAUUUAAUGUCGUACCAUUUUGUGAGCAUGUUCACUCAUUUUAAAACAGUUAGUAAUAAAUUCCCAUUCAGUGUUUUCUCCUGUACUAGAUUAUAUUCGAAAGAAAUUGUGGAGUUACAGCUAUGAAGAAUUGUUUUCUAAAAGUGCAAUAUAUUUAUUUCUGCAGGAACUGAUUUCAAUGUAAUAUUUGAAAGUUAAGAUUAAAAUUGAGAGUUUGUAAA